UGCAAAUGGCCGCUAUGUCCCCGUCUGAGGUUCGUAAAAAUAUUCAAUAAAAUAGUUUCUCUUUAACUCUUCAACCCAAUUUACGCGUUAUCAACAUGUCUCAAAUUUUAGAUACGAAAAACAAUGUUACUUCCAUGCGGAGACUGCAGAAAGAACUUAUGUCCCUGAUGAAAGAGCCUCCACCAGGAGUCACCGUGGACGGAGAUCAGGCCAGCCAAAAUCUAACACUGUGGACAGUACACAUGGAAGGAGUUCCCGGCACAUUGUAUGAAGGCGAAAAAUUUGUAUUGCAGUUCAAAUUCACAAACAAGUAUCCGUUCGACUCCCCUGAGGUGACAUUCAUAGGCAACAACAUCCCGGUGCACCCGCACGUGUACUCCAACGGGCACAUCUGCCUGUCCAUACUGACGGACGACUGGUCGCCGGCGCUGUCCGUGCAGUCGGUCUGCCUCUCCAUCGUCUCCAUGCUCAGUAGCUGUAAAGAGAAGAAACGACCACCGGACAAUUCGUUUUACGUAAAGACCUGCAACAAAAAUCCCAAGAAAACAAAAUGGUGGUAUCACGAUGAUUCCGUCUAACACCACGUCGCGGCGCUAUAUCGAGCAUGGACGAUAAAAUCUCAGUAUGUGAUAAGUGUUAUGUCGAUAUGUCAUAUUGUAAUGUACAUAGCGCGAGUGAGUGACGAGCAGUGACUGUGCGGACCGACCGGCGGCUUUGCGCAAUGCGUGUUGCCUGCGUUCGAGCGAGAAAAUUGCGUGCGAGUGAGUCGCGUGCGGGGUAACCACGUGCAGCUUGGGUUAUAAAGCCUAACGCCUGACUUUGAGAAGGUUAAAUGCGUGUCUCAGUCUACUUUAUUACACGCAUUUUGAAAGAUGCGUGCGUAUAAGUCAGAACGCGUGCUUUUAAACAACACAAGUGACACGCUUUGGCAGAGCCCGAGCGUCUAAAUUGAAGAGUUUUAGACGUCGUGUGGUUAUGUUACUGUAAUUUUGUUAUAAAGUUCAUAAUUUUAUUUUUAGGCAGGAAUUAAGCUUAACCAAGUGUAAUCAUCAUUAGCUGGCUCUAAUACGUAAUAAUUUAUACAAAAAAAGUUCUGCAUUAAUUUUCGUUUUAGCAUGGCCACACAGACAAACAACACGGAUGGACCUUGUCAGUGCUAAAUUAUAAAUAUUGUAAGUAGAAUAAUAGGUUAUGAAAUCAAAAUACUGCUUAUGUGCUGUUUGUUUGAAAUUUCAGUCAUAUCCAUUUAUUUAGUUGUAUAUAAUUUUUAUUUUUUAUUAUCAAUUGUAAUUUAUCAAACUGACUGUAACAGCGGGUUUAUUUUAAUUCAUUUUCGAGGCUCUGUUCAAACUGAUAAUUACUUUUUGGGUUUUCCAGAGUAAUAAAUAAAUUAGCAAAGGAUUUAAGGUUUUAAACGUUUGCACAUAGUGUUAUUUCUGAAGAUUGGUUUGAAUCGAGCCUAAAAGCAUUUCAAUAUAAAUUCUAGUUCUUCGUCGCGUAUUUUUGUUAGAAUUUUUUAUUUUUUGUGAUUAUAACAGCUGCAAUACUUGUUUAUAUAAUAUUUACUGUGGGAAGAGUUUGGUCGAAACACAAAGCUAUAUCCCUUAAAAGUAUAUAUUUCAUUCGAUUCAUCAGUAUUCUGUACUCAAAUUAGAAGUUUUAUCAGACUGAGCAAAAUAAGUGCUUUUGACAUCAAGUGUGUUCAUAAUCAAUGUAUUAAAAAUAGUGUAAUCAUCCCUGAGAAUCAUACCAAUCUUCCUGCGAAAACUAUAAUCGUUAAAUGUGAUAAAAACAUACCUUUUAACAUUAAAUUCUAGCCAUAUUAGCCACCAAGGGGUACUAUUUUUGAAGCGAUAUUAAAAGUAUUAUCAAUCGUUUUCAAAUGCUUGUGGAAUUGUUAUUUUUGUAGUUUCACGAAUGGUAUCCCAGAGCAAAUGUCGUGCUGAUGGCAACACCAUACGCCAAUGUGUCGUUAACCCGUCUAUGUGGGAUAGUCCGGCAAAAAAGCACUUAAAUUAUUUUAAACUAUUUUUCCAUCACUUAAAAGAUUUAUUUUCCAAAGACAAAUGUUUCCUAUUUUCUGUGUUAUGGGUGCUAAAUACUCUGCUUCAUAUAUGUUCCAUAAUUUCACGUAAAAAGCCACUAUUUUCAUGAAAAUUGUAUCACUUUAGGCUAGCAACACAUUCCUGGGGUGCAUGUUAAGUUUUUGUGAUUAUUUUUCUAAUCAGGCAACAAAAAAUAAACCGUUUGUUAAAACGACAACAAAAUGUUCAAUAUUCGAACAUUUUGAAGCCACCAUUUUAUGGCAAUAACAGCUUUUAAUUUUAUUUUUAGACGAGGGAAAAAAUCACAAAACCCACAUGGAUAUCCCCAUAUUAUAUUGGUAAAUUGUUGAUUGUAACGAAUGUUAUUUUACAGAUGCAACACUACAAUUAUUGUGUAUUAUUGAAAAGAAACCUGCUUAAUUUAUUGAAAUAAAAAUAUAGUUAAAAACAA